UACAAAAAUGUGAGGGGUGUACUCACUUUUGUGAGAUACUGUACAAAGCAAAUCAAAAUAUUUUUUCAAAACCUUUCCAUGAAUUUUGUGCCAUUUGGCUAUCUCUGUGGUCCCGCAUUGAUGGAUCAUAGAAAUGCCUGUACAAUAGUACCUUUGGCAAGAGUCGCCUCGAAGUCAUUCAUUUUCGGAUGCUUUGCCACGCGGCAAGUUAUGAAAAAUGCCGUGCACACUGCCACAUGAAAUGAGGCCUGAAGUGCACACUCCCUCGUGCUAUUGCGGACACGUCGAGUAUAAACCAGACUUAAGUGCAGUGGGAAAGCAAUGCCUUGUGCUUGUAGGACAGCACUGGUGACAUUUGGAAAGUUUCUAAGGUUUCUCCAAAAAGUUGCUAGAUUUGAUGUUAGGCACUCUUUUUUUUUUUUGCAAAGAAAAGUCUGGAAAUUUUUUUUGUUUCUAGCCCUUACAGUUCGAAGGUUAUUAGUAUAAAAAUGAGUGCAAUUUUGAGCUGUUGGUGGUUCUAGAGGAUUUGAGUUAGAGACACCAAAAUUGCUCUGGUUAAGGAUGAGACUGUCCUCUAUCUGUUUGCCAAAUUUCAUGACUUUCCUGCAAGCAGUUCUGUGGGCUGCCAUAGACUCGAGCGGAAUAAGAAGAAUAACACUAAUGAAAACAAUAGGUGCCUAUACACCUUUGGUGCGUGGCCCCUAAAUAUAGCUGCAAGCGGCAGUUACGGGGCUAAGCACUACAGAAGUGAAGUAAGGAGAUAAGCAAGAUUAGUCAUAAUUUUAUGAUAAACCAACAAAAAAAGUUCUAAGCAAAAAUGUGCUUUUUUCAUAUUUCAUGAACACUAGGUGGCAAUGUUCAGAAACUGUGCAGGUACCCUCAUGCUAUGAUGCCCAUGACAUAUACUAAGUUUGGUCUGAAUAUACACAAGCAUUACAGAGAUUACAGCAUCACGUCCAUUUUGGCCGUGAGCGGUUUGACCAAUCAACUUGAGUUCCAUAAUUUUUUGUCGGCAUGGUCCAAAGAUGAUCUAUUUCAAUUUUGGUGAAAAUUAGAUGAAUGGUCUAGGAGGAGUUCAAAAAAGUUUUUUUUUACAUUUUUUUUUUUUACUAAAUUCAAAAUGGCAGAUAGCAAGUUUGGCCUAAUUGAUAUUGUUCUUGGCCUGAGCCAAGGAAUCUAGGAAGACCAGUCACACGACAAUGGGCAAACGUAAUCACAAGUAAUUAGUAUUUUUGAAAUGGCAUGAUUUUUGACCACAGGGUGGUUCUGUUCCAAAACAAUGACACACAAAAUGACUGACAUGAAAAUGUAAUAACAAAUGACUUGGCAUGCCCCACUGAAUCUUUAGAGAACAGUUUCAUGAUUUUAGGAUGACCCAUUCUGAAGUUAUUAACAAAAAGCUGCUUUUUUCAUGUCUCGUGACCACUAGGUUGUGAAACUGUACUGGUACCCUCAAGUCAUGAUGGCUAUGGCAUAUACUAAGUUUGGUUUGAAUACACUAAAGCGGUUCAGAGAUACAACCUCAAGUCCAUUUUGGAGUGCUCGCCUUUGGAUUCAUUUGUUGUUCAAGAACGGUUUGGUCUAUCAGAAAGCUUUCAAAUUUUGUGAAAAUCGGAUGAACAGUCUAGGAGGAGUGUGAAAUAGUAGGUUUUUCAGAAAAUAAAAAAUGGUGGGAAAUCUAGUUGGGCGGAAAUUAAAACCAUGGGAUCUGCAGGACUCUGCAUGAGCCACGGAAUCUGCAGGGGAAAAAUUUCAUUUCUAGCUCUUACGGUUCAAAAGUUAUUAGCAUAAACGUGAGUGCAAAUUUGAGCUAUUGGUGGCGCUAGAGGGUUUGAGAUAGAGACUCCAAAAUUGCUGUGGUUAAUGUUGUGACUGUCCUCUAUCUGUGUGCCAAAUUUCAUAACUUUCUCACAAAUGGUUCUAUGGGCUGCCAUAGACUCAAAAGCAGAAGAAGAAAACGAAGAAGCGGAAGGAGAAGAAUAAAGAACACUAAUGAAAACCAGUAAUAAGCUUAUAGAGCAGAACAGUACGUUGGCUUUGUCAAGCCAACAUAAUUAUAAUAGGCCUAGUAUACUGUAGACUAAGCCUGGCAUGUGUUGUUGCAAAAUCUUUGUAUCUUCUCACAGAUGACAGCCUUUGGCUGUCAUACCUGUGCGUCAGAAAAAAACAGAACUAAAACGAACAGAGUCAUUACCAGUUUGCUUUAGGCAUGCAUGUGUGCCACUGUUCACACAGGUAUGUACGCAACACUCCCUAAUCAAGGCUCAAGGGAAAUGUUGCCAGGUUCAUGCCUCCACCUAGGAAUUGAGCUACUUUUAAACUUUUGUCAGAGGUUCCCUGAUAUUUUUUGUCAUCUGGAUGGAGUUGGUUGCUUGACAUAAAAUUAGGUUGUUUACAUGGAGUUAGCCUUUUCAAUGAGCUCCUCUUGGUACUAUUCUCGACAAAAGCUAUGUAGGUUAGCCAGUAUUAAUUAAUGUAUGCAGUGAGUGGCACUAUCCAAUUUGUGUAUUUUCUGAAAGAACUGAUGAAGAAACUUGCAUGUUUUAAUGCUGCCUCUCCAUUGGUGUCCUAUUAAAUAUUAGGCUAUUUUUUUUAGCUGCUUUAAAUAGCCUUUGGGCUGAAUUUGUCAUGCAGAGCUGGCAACCCAGCUCACGGAGUCAAUGUGAGUCAUACCUGCAGAGGAUUGAGUGGAGAGACCUGCUCUUAUUUCCAUAACUUCAGCUAUGGAAGUGAAUAGGUGAUGUUUUUUGGUUCUUCUUUCACUUACGAUACUUGGACAUUGUUUAGACUUGAAGAGUACCAGUCUUGCAGACAUGGAGGCCAAAGAGGAGAUCAGUGACACAGACAGUGGGAUUAUUCUGCAUUCUGGACUGGACAGUCCUAUUAUUGUAACCAAGGAUGUGAAUACACACACUCGGGCUGUAAAGCUAAAACGGCAGUCAUUACAGGACAGGCUUGAGCUGUGCAUUCUGGAGCUGAAGAAACUCUGUAUUAGAGAGGCUGAGCUCACUGGACAUUUGUGCUCCGACUACCCUCUGUUGCCUGGAGAGAAACCUCCACAGAUUCGCAAACGCAUUGGGGCUGCUUUUAAGUUGGAUGAACAAAGCAUUCUGCACAGACACGAGGACUCAGAGCUAUGCUCAGUGGAAGCUAAGCUGGCCCUGCAGCAACAGAUCUACGCAGCAGCACAUAGGCUGUGCCGUGAGGAGCACCUGAACAAGGCAGUAAAGAAAAGCAGAAUGCAGCAGUGCAAGCGUGAGGAGCAGAAACUUAAGGAGCUCCAAGAUUCCGUAUUCCAACUACAUCUUGAACACGGCCGCUCCUCACCACAGUCUAGUAUAAUCACACAAAAACAUCAUGGCACUUCGGAUAACAGUUCAUUGUCAGAUUCUGCAGUGUUGGAUGAAGAAGAGCUGAUGAGCCAUUCAUCCCAGGCUUCCUCUGAGCCCCCCUCUAUUACAGAGUUUCAUUCUCUAAAACAUCUUUCUCUAAAUUCAUCUGAUCCCCUGCUUCAUCCCCCUGAGCCAAGCCCCAGCCCCCAUCAGCCACCUCUCAAGCAUUUGCACCGUUGUCACAGCCCUUUGCUAGAGUAUGAUCCUGCCCCCAUCCAGAAUUCCCCUUGGAAGGAGUCCAGCCUUGAUCAGCCUUACCAGAAACAGAAGUCGUCUCACUCCAGUAGCACUAGCUCCAGUCCUGCUGUUACAUCUACAUUGCCCCCAUUGGAAACAUGUUUACAAGAGGUAGACCUACAGGUGCAGAUACCCAAACAUACAACCCUGAGACACUCACAGUCCCACAGUACCCCCUCUACUCCAGAGAUGCAUCUUCGGAGAGUACUGUCCCUCAGAGUUCCCAGUAGUGAACCACCAAAUAAUGCAGAGCGAGACAGAGGCCGGUCACACGGUCCCAGAAGACGACUGACUGAUGUUAUUUCAAUGACGCCGGAGCACUCCCCUAUUACGCUGGCUAAGGGAAACCCACUACACCACUCCAGUUUAGAGGACAGGAACUCUGAGCAGUUGUUGGCACCUUCCUACACCAGCUCACCAUGCCAGGUGCUUUUGGCUGAGCCAGAGCAGCUAUGCCAUGCACAGCACAGACACAACUGCUCUAAUCACAUCUCAUUGUCCUAUGUAACUCACAGCUACCACAAAAUCUCCUCAGCCCAGCUUUCCCCCAGGCUCUACAGAGGAUAUAUAGAUGAGGGAAGAGAUCAUGAUAUGGACUUGAGUAGAACACGUAUCAGGCGCCAGCCUUCUCCUUGCACCAAUGGUCACUACUCAUACUGGCACGAAGAGAUGCCACUAUACCAGCAAGGGGGCAGACUGAUCCCUCACCACCUGAAGCUAUCGCGGGCCCCAUCAUUCAAAGAAUACCCCCAGCACCCAAGCAGAGCUCUCCCACGACAGGUGGUUUCUGACGAGCUGAAGUCAUGGCAUCAGCGCUGCCAUCUGCGGCCACAGUCUCUAGACAGACAGGGUGCUGUGCACAUUCGGAACCGGCCCUUACAUGAGUUGCCAUUCUCUCAUCAGCAUGACUUCUAUGAUCAGAUCCCCCAAAGGACUGCAGACAGAACACCAGUGAACUGGUAUGAAGAAGAAGACCAAGAGAUUGUAAGCCAGGUGUAGCAAAAGGACCUUCACUGACAAAAGUCCUAUUUAUGUUUUAAUUUAUUGACUAAUUAGAUGAAAAUAUCAGUGCUUGUAUCUGUAGUUUGUCUGAGCUUUUAUAUUUUCAAAAACAUUUUUAUAUAAAAGACACUAUAGUCAUUUUUUACUUCUUUUUCUUUUUGAAAUUCUGUGGGAAACAAUGUUGUAGGGUUGUCACGAUACCAUACUAGCUGAAGUAUCACGAUACCAUGUAGUAUCACGAUACCAUGCAAUAUUAUGUUAAUUCAUAAUUCAAAUCUACAAAAUGAACCAAAUUUGCAGAAAUACACACAGUAUCUCACAAAAGUGAGUACACCCCUCAUAUUUUUGUAAAUAUUUGAUUAUAUCUUUUCAUGUGACAACACUGAAGAAAUGACACUUUGCAACAAUGUAAAGUAGUGAGUGUACAGCUUGUGUAAGUGGUCAUCUUGCCUUGCGGGCCAGUCUCCGAAGGGAGGGGAUCAUGCUCUGCUACAGUACGCCACAGUACAUGUUGGCAUGUAUGGUUCCCUCAAUGAAUUGUAGCUCCCCAGUGCCGGCAGCACUCAUGCAGCCCCAGACCAUGACACUCCUACCACCAUACUUGACUGUUGGUAAGACACGCUUGUUUUUGUACUCCUCAGCUGGUUGCCGCCACACACGCUUGACACCAUCUGAACCAAAUAAGUUUAUCUUGGUCUCAUCAGACCACAGGACAUGGUUCCAGUAAUCCAUGUCCUUAGUCUGCUUGUCUUCAGCAAACUGUUUGUGGGCUUUCUUGUGCAUCAUCUUUAGAAGAGGCUUCCUUCUGGGACGACAGCCAUGCAGACCAGUUUGAUGCAGUGUGCGGUGUAUGGUCUGAGCUCUGAUAGGCUGACCCUCCACCCCUUCAACCUCUGCAGCAAUGCUGGCAGCACUCAUACGUCCAUUUCCCAAAGACAACCUCUGGAUAUGACGCUGAGCACGUGCACUCAACUUCUUUGGUGGACCAUGGCGAGGCCUGUUCUGAGUGGAACCUGUCCUGUUAAACCGCUGUAUGUCUUGGCCACCGUGCUGCAGCUCAGUGUCAGGGUCUUGGCAAUCUUCUUAUAGCCUAGGCCACCUUUAUGUAGAGCAACAAUUCUUUUUUUCAGAUCCUCAGAGAGUUCUUUGCCAUGAGGUGCCAUGUUGAACUUCCAGUGACCAGUAUGAGGGAGUAUGAGAGCGAUGACACCAAAUUUAACACACCUGCUCCCCAUUCACACCUGAGACCUUGUAACACUAACAAGUCACACCAGGGAGGGAAAAUGGCUAAUUAUGGCCAAUUUGGACAUUUUCACUUAGGGGUGCACUCACUUUUGUUGCCAGUGGUUUAGACAUUAAUGGCUGUGUGUUGAGUUAUUUUGAGGGGACGACAAAUUUACACUGUUACACAAGCUGUACACUCACUACUUUACAUUGUAGCAAAGUGUCAUUUCUUCAGUGCUGUCACAUGAAAAGUUACAAUCAAAUAUUUACAAAAAUGUGAGGGGUGUACUAACUUUUGUGAGAUACUGUAGAUAUAAAUGAAAAGAGACAAACCAGAUUUUCCUCUCAAUAAAUUAUUUAUCGAUUUCAUAUUUAGACCUGUUGCCAAUUAACCUAAUUAGUUUCAAAAUCUUCCAUCUGUUUCUUUUUACUAACACUUACUUUUCCAGUCAGUUGUUGCUCCUGUCCAAACUUUUUUGAGACGUGUUGCUGCAAACAAAUUUAAACAUUACGUUAUUUUUUUCCUUAAAAUGUUACAUUUCCUUAGUUUAAAUAUUUGACAUGUUUUAUAUGUUCUAUUGCGAAUAACGUGGGUGUAUGAGAUGUGCAAAUCAUUGCAUUCUGUUUUUAUUUACAUUUUAUUUACAUUUUACACAGCAUCCCACCAUUUUUGGAAUUGGGGUAGUAUAAUUCAAGCACUAUUUAAACACCACUAGAUAUAAAAUGGCACCUUGUACAAACCCUGAUUUUAGUAUUUAGACACAGUGGUUAGUAUAAUGUUAGCUCAGCUAAUUUAAUCAUUUACACACAGUGGUUAGCGCAACGUUAGCUCAUGUGGUAGUGAUCAGGAAAUCUUUCAAAUUAAGGUAAAGAAUUUAGGUUAAAUGUGUCACUAACCUGCAAAAGCAGUGAGAUGUGUCGUUUUAGCGAAGAUAGUAUUUACUGCCGCACAUACAGUAUUACUUAUGGUACUACCAGAUUUCACGAUUCUACCGUUUACAGUGGCAUAGGUGAUAAUUUGAAGUCGAUACCAAUAUACUGUGCAACCCUACAAUGUUAUUAAUAAAAUAGAUUUUAUUUCUACAUAAACUGUCAUUUGUUACUAAAAGGAAAACUACUCUAUGAGUUAUAUUUUCCCCUGUCAGUCUGUGUUGCUAUUGAAGCAAAUAAAAUUGAGAGGAGUUUCCUAUGAGGUA